AUGGCUUCCGACUGGGUGAUCAGCGAACUCCUUGGGAGCGGAAGCAACGCCAAAGUCUACUUAGCAAGGAGUCCCUUCCGUCUCCUCCCAGAUAUGGCUGUGAAAUCCAGUGUUUUCUCUGAAUCAUUAUCUCUCCACAGAGAGAAAGCCAUCCUCGACAUUCUUGAAGGUUGUCGUGAGAUUGUUGCUUGUUAUGGAUUUCAAGAGACCAUUAUACAAGGCGAGAAAUAUUACGAUCUUCUCCUUGAAUAUGCACCAAGAGGUACCUUGGCCGACUUGAUCAACAAUCGAGGUGGCAAGUUAUCAGAAGCAGAAGUGAAGGUUUACAGUCGGAUGAUACUAAAAGGGCUCUGUUACAUUCAUGACAAAGGCUAUGUUCACUGCGAUAUCAAGCCCGCUAAUAUCCUUGUCUUUCCUUCAUUUUCAUCAUGUGGUGUCGAGAAUCAGGUUAAGAUUGCUGAUUUUGGAAACUCCAAGAAGGCUGGUCAUAUAUUUGUGGGUGGUUAUGUGUUUGGUAAAUUUCGAUGUACCCCUCUAUACACAUCUCCCGAGUCUGUUAAAUUAGGAUUGAAUGAAGCACCAAUGGAUAUAUGGUCUCUCGGCUGCGUUAUGGUGGAGAUGUUUAGUGGAAAACCGGCAUGGAGUUUUGAGAAUGUGUAUGAUCUGCUAUUUCAGAUUGGUUUUGGGGAAGAAGUGCCUCACAUACCAGAAGGAUUCUCUGAGAACGCGAAGAACUUCUUGAAAAAGUGUUUAGUGAAGGAUCCAAACCAGAGAUGGACUGCUAAAAUGCUCUUAAACCAUCCAUUUAUGGUUGAAGACGAGCCACUUCCAUCUUUGAAAAAGGCUUCUAGAGUUGUUCAACACCGUGUAUGCGAUCCCUUCAAGAACUGGGACGAGGCAAAGUUGAUCAAUUAUCUCUUUUCAUAG